AUGGCUCAAGAGUGGCUUGUCGAUGUUAAAGCUUGCUUUCAUAACCAGGAUCUGGUUAAUGAACUAACAUUUCAGAGUGUUUGCAUUUAUAAAGUCCCCACUUUCCUUUUCCAACUGAACCAGAGCGCAUAUGUUCCACAAUGUGUGUCACUUGGCCCAAUUCAUCACACCAACGCUGCACUUGCUGAAAAGCCUUCCAUGCUUUCUAAGAAAGUGCACGCUACGCACAAAAUGUUUCAAAGGCUGCAGGCUGUUUCUCCAACUAAAGUCGAAUUUGAAGGAGAUGUGAUAGGACGUAUUCUUGAUCUCCUUCCCACUGUAAGAAAAUGCUACCAAAAGCAAAUUCAUUUGGAUGAUAUUUCUCUUGCAUGGAUGCUCACUUUGGAUGCUUGCUUUAUUUUAGAAAUCCUUAGGGCUUUGAAUGGUAGCACAAAUUCUUAUCACGGGUUUUUCCAUCGAAAUACUAUUGAAUAUACUGCAUAUCCCAUAAUAAGUGACAUGUUGAUGCUGGAGAACCAAAUUCCCUUCUUUGUGCUGCUCAAGAUAUUGGAAUUGGAGCUUCAAACAGAUGAAGAAAACGCAUGCCGUGAGCUCUGCGUUUUGCUGAAUGGUGCGCGUAUAACAAGAUUGUUCUACCCUUUUAACGAGACGGCUUCUUGGCUACCACAGGGAAUUCCCCAUGGGCAGAAGGUUAAACAUCUUUUGGAUUUGUUCCGUAUGUUGGUCAUAUAUUCAUCCUUUCCGGAUAGAAAAACCGUGUGGAAGUUCAAUUGUAGCAUGUCUCCUCACAAACAAGAGUAUAUAAUCCCCUCUGCUUCUGAAUUAAGGCGUGCUGGUAUCAAAUUCAGAAAGGUGGAUGGAAAGUUCGAGGAGAUCGGAAUUAAGAACAAUAUAUUUCAUCUGCCCAGAAUCAGAAUCUCCAGGAGCAUCGAAACUGUCUUACGAAAUCUAAUGGCUUUAGAAAUAUGCGAGGCAGAAGACACCUGUGUGAUAUCAAGGUACGUUCUUCUCAUGUGUGAGUUGAUUGAUAGUGAAAAGGAUGUCUCCGUGCUCAAGAAGGCCGGAAUUAUCAAAAGUUACAUGGGGAGCGACAGAGAAGUGGCGCUUCUAUUUAACGGACUUAGUAAAGGGAUCACUAGAAGCUACGGAGAUCCUUUUGCUAAAGUGAGAGAAGAUGCACAUAAACAUUACCACAGCAAAAUCAAGGUGAUAGUCGCUGAAUUUGCAAACAGCCAUUGUUCAAGCCCAUGGAGAACUAUGUCUCUUAUAGGAGCAUGCUUGAUUUUGCUCUUGGCUGCUGUGCAAACUAUUUUCUCACUGCAUCACAAACUUUUAGUAAAUUAAUCUUCUGAUUGUUUAAAGUAGGUAGCUGAAAGAUAAUCAAAUGUAAAUAGUAUUUACAGCUCCCAUAUUAAGUAGGUAAAAUGAUUUUGAUGAUAAAAAAUUCUAAAAGAAAUCGUGAAUCAUGCUGCAAGGAAACUACCUCUUGUAAAAUAAGCUGAGGUUCCUAGUUUCCUAUUCUCCUGUCAACGCCUCUGGUUUGAA